AUGACGCCAGCAGAGCCCGAUCAGAAUGCUGCGUGCAGUGCCGCCGUAGUGGGAAAUGUGCUAAAGUAUUCGCAGCGCGCAGGGGGUGAGGGGCAUGUUGAUUUGACUGAUAUUGUGGGUGUGCUACCCCGGCCGGGACAUCGAUCGGAAUACCUGGUGCUCUUUCUGGACAAAGGUCAAGGUCAUGGCGAUGAUAUCUGUCCUCGCCUAGCAAAACUAUGCAUACAUACUUUGGUGGAGGGGUUGUCCCCGUUUCUAACGGAGAUUCCAAGCUAUCUUCAACAAGGAGAGCCCGUGCAAGUUGUGAUAUCAACGCAAUCUGGGACAGGAAUAGCAAAGACAGUUUAUCAACAUGCUGUGCAACCAUUCCUGACCUAUCUCGCCAUUUCGCACCAGGUCCAUGAAACCCAGUCAGCCCAGACAAUCCUUGAACUAUCCCAAUCACAAUUCCUGGAGCGAGCCUGUGCGGGGAUUCCUCAAACUAUCAUUCUUCUGUCCGGAGAUGGGGGCCUCAUCGACAUCGUCGAUGUCUUCUACAGAACUCAUCGCAAGAUGCAUGUUUCACCGCAUAUUGCCUUGGUCCCCUGUGGGACAGGGAACGCGAUGGCAAGCUCGAUUGGACUACGAGCGGGCCCGGCUUCUAGCCUCACUGGGCUUCUUUGGGGAAAAUCCGUUCCCAUGCCCGUUUUUGCUGCCAAGCUCUCUCCUGGAAGCCAGCUCGUUGUUGACGAGGGGCGCAAUCGUUCUCCGAUAGAUGCCGACUCUGACGCUCCUCACCGAACGAUGUACGGUGCAGUGGUUGCGAGCUGGGGAUUACAUGCGGCACUGGUCGCAGAUAGUGACACUGUUGACUACCGCAAGUUCGGAUCCGAGAGGUUCAAGAUGGCGGCCAAGGAGCUCCUCUAUCCAUCAGAUGGCACAAAUUCUCACCGGUUUCAGGGCAAGCUCACCUUGACCACAAAGGACAGUCAGACCGACGAUCUCUACGAAAAGCCAAUGGAGGACAACGAGCACAUGUAUGUGCUUGCAACUCUUGUUCCCAGAUUGGAGAAGGAAUUUAUGAUUUCGCCCGAGUCGGAACCCCUGGGUGGACAAAUGAGGCUCCUACGCUUCGGUCCUCUACCCGCCGAAGAGGCGAUGCGCCUCAUGACCUUGGCUUAUCAGGAAGGUCAGCACGUGCGCGAAGAGACUGUGACAUAUGUCGAGGUGGAGCGCGUACGCAUCGAUUUCUUUGAGGACCAAGAAAGAUGGAGGCGGAUUUGUAUCGAUGGCAAGAUUGUAGCAGUCGAAAAAGGAGGUUGGAUGGAGCUUCACAAAGAGCCUCGUCAGCUGCUGAAUGUGAUCAAGCCAUGA